AGCUCCCUCUACCAGCAAGUUACACAAUAACAGUCACAUGUAGCAGGGCAGGUAUACUACCUUUAUAUCUCAGGCAUUCUCAACACACCUUCUUCACAGAAAGACUGUGAUUUACAGCAGACACAUUGCCGUACAGCCAUGGAAAGUUGCAAUGCUUUCUAUGAAACUGGAAUUGGUGUGUUUGACAACCAAGCAGGACAGUUCAACCAAAUGCCUUCAUGUCUAUACAGCAUACCUUGCUCUGGUCAGCAGAAUUGGGAGAUGACACUGGUACACACCAGAGACAAUGACAAAGUAACAGAUUGUUUAUAUGAUCCGUGUUCUGUUCCAUUCUAUAACAGUGCACAGUCUGAGAUUUCUCACUUUCUUCCUGUCACUCAAACCUCAGCAACUGUUGAAGAGGACUCUGAAAGUUGUCAUUAUCCUUGGAUGAAAUCAACUAAAUUCCAUCCCAGUAACAUCAGUGUGAACUGGGAAGGUGAGUAACUCUUUGCUUUAUGCGUUUUUAUUAAUGCUAUUGCAUGGUGGUAAAAAAUAUCCUGAUUUUUAUUGCUCAAUCACUCAUCUGAGAGUUUAGAAAUUUUUUUUUAAAAGUUUUUAGUUCAAUUUUACACUUUUUUGAUGACAAACUUCUAGGCUGGGAUAUCCAGUGUGUUGAUGUUCUACACUAUGUAAAUUCUGGACCUUGCAUUUUUCUAUAAAUCACAAUUAUACAAGAAAAUGUAAAUUACAUUCUUUUGAAAACGUUUCCCCACUACAUUGAUCCAUUUAAGUAUUUGCUAUAAUUAAAUAAAUACAUAUGGUAAAUAGAGAUGGAUAAAACGUGUUACACAGUUUUUGUGUAAUCUAAAUUCAGAGAAACAAGACAAUGUUUUUAAAGUGUAUCUAAUUUGUCUUUUUAUUUUAUAUUCUUUUUUUUUUUUUUAAGUGCACAUCUUAACAAACAGAAUACAUAGACGAUUCCUCAUGAGCAUACUCAACAAACAUAAGGUGGAAACAUAGUACGAAAUGUUAUGAAAUACUGCACUUUUUAUAUUUAUGGAAACAAAACAAUAGCUAACAGGUAUAGCUGGCAUGUCUAGAUGUUUCUAGCUGGGAAGACAUCUUGUCAGAGGGGAAAUGCUGGAUAUUAUGAGUGAUAGACAUUUAUAUUCUUAGGCAAGCUAUCUCUAGACAUGAUGAUAAAAGCUGACGAGUAGUGCUGGUUAUGAUUAAGGAAACAAGCUAGGCGACAACAGUAGUACUGACUAUGCCAGGCUUUGAAAAGUGGGGUGAGUUAUUCUAUAUUCAGGCCAGUCAUGCAAUAGUAUUUCUACUGGUACUGAACCUAAAGCUCAAGAAAGUCGCGCAUAUCACUUACAUAAAAACAUAUUGAAAAAUCAUUGAGCAAAAUAAACAGCGUAAAACAAAAUGGAAUCCGGGAACCUCUUAAAGACUCAGUCACUGAUAGCAGGCCUGCAUUCAGUAUAGACUAAAGCAUUAGCCAACUCCCUUGGUUGGCAUUCGUGGUCGAUUUUGCAGCAGUCCACAGGUCCAAACAACAAGCGACGAUAUUCAAAUGCUUUCCCUACAACCUGCUGUGCUCGCGGGCUUAUAAAGGGAGAUGGAUUUCAGAGACGUUCUGCUUGGUUUGGAAGUCCCUGAGUGAGGAAAGGGAAUCAGCCGAUGUCCCUUUGUGAGGCAGGGUUUCCAAGUGCCGCAGAUGGGUACCGUUUCCAGGCGCACUGGAGAGACAGCCUGUCAGGGCUGUGUAGUGGAUAGGAUCAUGCGUACUCCAGUAGAGGCCCUUGUUCUGCUGGGGGGGUCAGUGCAUGACAGGUGUUGAUUCCGGCGCUUCUCGCCAGCAUGGUGCGUUGGCCAUCUCCUCUGCCGGGCGCAAAUGCGGCGUGUGUGUCGAGGGUUCCCACCUCCUCCCCUGCAGCUCCUUGAGGGUACAGGAGGGCUUCUUUGCGGUUCAACUUCUUGGGCCCCCCUUGGUAACUCCAGAGGGGGAUGAGCAGGUGUGUGGGUGCUCCUUUUGGUGGGACCAGCUUCUAUGAACCUUUGGGCAUGGUCUGCUCGUUGCCUCAGUCGUUCCCAGAAAGCUUCACAGAUUGUGUCAAAUGCUUCCAAGAGGCAUAGGUUAGGCCUUGUAUGUUUCUCAAGGUCAUGUUCCUUUGCCAUUUUGAGAGCCGUAGAUGGGGCCCGUGGGUUUUGGUGGGGUGAACUCAGAUCAGUCCCAGAUGCAGGUAAGUGGCUGAGGUUGCUGGGAUAUCCCUUACUGACGGGGGAAGAAGACAGGGCUGCCCUCCGUGGGUCCGACUGGAGUGUGGGCUGAGGGAUCGGCCAUCUCUCCACUAGUCCCGCACAGCCUGGCCGCUACUAGGCCGCAGUGUUGCUUCUGCGGGUUGUCCAGCCGUGUUGGCUGUCAGAGGCGUUAUCGUUGAAGUUCUGGGUGAGCUGGGAGUCAGCAGGGAUGUAGUAGUCCAAGUUUGAGGUGCUUGAGCUGUCAACAAGGUUAGUAUGUACAGGAUUUCUCCCAGAGCUCAUGCGAUGUGCAACCGUUCGCCAUGCUGGGCAAGCCCUGCCCCCCAAACAAGACAAUUUUUAUUUGUAUUUGUACUGCACUCUGGAUAGUUUAAAAGUUGCAAGAGCAACAGAGAAAAAAACAUGACCAUUUUAUCUUAAAGAGCUACAAAGAACCUAAAAUGCACUUGUUUAGAUUGGUGGUUCCCAUCAUUUUCUGGUUUUCUCCACUUUUCCACUUCUAUGAGAGACAAAUUUCCAAGUGACAUCAUUUUGAGAAAGGUUUCUAUUUUUUUCCAUUUUAUCUUCAACAGCAGUUUAUAAAUGUCACAUCUACUUUGAGACCUUAUGACUACUAAUAACCAAUCUGCUGAGUGCCUUCAGCCUGUUACAGUCACGAAGUCAAUAUGUUCGUGGCACACUUUGAGGUGGCUUGAGAUACAGAAAAAAAUCUAAAUAACGCCACUGCAGUGCUCGAAGUCCACAGGAGGUUUAAUAGGCACAAAACAAAAGGUAACAAACAAGGGGAAAUGUCACACUAAACACCUAAGGCGUUUCAGACCCACAGGUCUAAGGACAGUCUAAAGACCUGUAGGUCCGGAACGUUUUAGGUGUUUGGUGUGACCUUUCUCCCUGUUUGUUACCUUUCGUUUUGUGAAUAUUUUUUGAGAUUUUGAGAGCUGGCAGUGGCCUCAUUUCUAUUUUUUUUUUUCUUCACAGGAUUUGGAGUUCCUAUGCUGGACAACCUGUCUUCCAUUUGGGAAAGUGGGAGUUUUGUGUUCCCAUUACCUUUAUGGUUUUUCAUUUAUGCUCAGCUACUUAUGUUAGUGGCAUUUUGGAUGCUUCCAAGUUUUUUCAAAAUGUGCCACAGCACUCUGCAUGAAAACCACUGGUUCUAAUCAUUGUACUGCAAUUUUACACCUUGCGUUUAUGACCUUUAUUGCAGUUAUAUACGUAGGUCCCUAAUUUAUUUUUUAUAGCAAUGGAAGAAACCUUCAUAACAAACCUCUUUUUCCGUCUUUGUUUAUCUCUCCCUUCUGUAUAUACAUUGUAACAUAUAUUUAAAGGGACCCUCAGCUGAUGCUCUAGGCCCAUCAGUGGCGCCCCUGCCUGGCGGCUCCCUGCGCUUCCUGAAACUGAGAUUUAGAAGCUGUAUGCCCUCUGGGGAAUCUGCAGAUCAGUGCUAGAGACAAUUUUGGGUUAAACCAUUCAAGAACUGUUUAACCCCUUAACGUAGGAUUGUACCUGGACCAAUGACACUAAAAACAACUUAAUUUAAAUGAAGUUGUUAUGGUGACUGUAGUGUCCCUUUAAGCAUACUGUUAAGAGUCAAACUUAAAUAUUUAUUGUGUAACAUGAGCUAUGCCCUUUUCAUUUACAUACACAAGAGGAAGAACAAUGAAUAGGGGAGUGGAAAAAUUCAUAGGCAUGAUGCCUGUAUCUGUAGAAAACAUGGGAAAACUGUAAAAUAGGAAGGCAGGAGACUGAAAUAUGCUAAGAACCACUAAUUAUGUGACAAGAAAUAGGGAAAAGAAGUGGAAUUAUCCUGCAUAAUGAUAUGUUUUCCUGAAGAUAUUGGUUUUGAUAGACUUCUGAGUCUGAGGUCUAGAGGUUGGGGAAAAAUCUAUUAGGAAAGGCUAGUGUAUAUUUAAAGGAAUGAUGUGGUCCUUGAGAUAUACCAUCAAUGGAGAAACUGCAGUUGGAGGCAGUGUUAUGCUGUGCGCAAUGUUCAGCAAGACCUUGGGUCCUGGCAUUCAUGUGGAUAUUACUUUGACUUGUACCACCUACCUAGAGAGUGUUGUAGACCACAAAUACCCCUUCAUGACAAUGGUGUUCCAUGAUGGCAAUGGCUAUUCAGCAGGAUAAUGCACCCUGCCACAGUGCAAAUUGUUCAGGAAUGGUUUGAGGAAUACAAGAGCGUAUAGACGAUGAAUGUCGUUCCUGCAAUCAUUCAGUAUUGAACUCCAGAAGUUCUUAUAGUGGCUAUCCAAAUGACAACUGCAAGAGGUGGGCUUAGGCAGAAGCGAUUACAAUGCUCAACCAUGAGGGACAGGCUCUUUGCCCCAGCCAGAACCUCUAUAUGAAGCUGUAUUGGUUUUUGUGCCUAUAUUGUCCCUUCACCAGGAACAGAUAGCUCAUGACCCUAAUCAUGAGAACAAAAGGGGGAAGGGCCACUGAGCAGGUCCCUUCUUAAUGAUAUGGGAUAUGGAAUCUGAUGCCCUUGCUAAUUUCAGACACCCCUGAGAAACUAAAGAGGUUUCUCAAGGGAUAAUAUUAUGUAUCCCAGUUCCAAAAUCAGGUUGACAGGCAAUAAAAGGGACAGGCAUGUAUAGGUUCAUCUGUUUGGAUAAUUCCCCAUUGCACAGCCACACUUCUAUGUAAAAAACACAUUGCACAGACCAGGCAUUUUAAUAGAGGGUAUUGGGAAUCCUAUUACUUUAUUUUAACCUUUGUUCGUUUAUUUACACAGUUUGGGACUAAUUUAAAAUUAUUUUAGACUUCUGUGACUAACGAUUUCUGAGUUAAAGGACCACUAUAGUGCCAGGAAAACAUACUCGUCCCACUGCCGCCGGGCUGGAUGGAGAGGAAGGGGUUAAACACUUACCUUUCUCCAGCGCCGAGCUCCCUUGGCGCUGGAGACUCUCCUCCUCCUUUCCCCGUCAUCGGCUGAAUGCGCAUGCGCAGCAGGAGCCGUGCGCGCAUUCAGCCAGUCUCAUAGGAAAGCAUUCUCAAUGCUUUCCUAUUGACGUUGGCGUCUUCUCACUGUGAAAAUCACAGUGAGAAGCGCGGAAGCGCCUUUAGCGGCUGUCAAUGAGACAGCCACUAGAGGCUGGAUUAACCCUAUGUUAACAUAGCAGUUUCUCUGAAACUGCUAUGUUUACAGCAGAAAGGGUUAAUUCUAGAUGGACCUGGCACCCAGACCCCUUCAUUAAGCUGAAGUGGUCUGGGUGCCUAUAGUGGUCCUUUAACUGGCCUCAUAUUGAGGUUCUUUUUAAUAAUGUGUAGCCUUUUUAAAUAAACUAAUAGGGGCCCCACAUCAGAGGUCAUUUGUAUAUAUCCAAGUUGAAUCUGCAAAUGUGAAUGGAUAGUAGGUUUUGUGAAUUUGUUUAAGUUGUAUCUAAAUUAUUCCUUUUUAUUUUGAUUAAUUUUCAUAGAGCAGAUCUGACACAUUUUAUUAUUAUUGCAAAAAAAGUCACCGAUCACACUACUAAUUGUAAAGAAAAAAAAUAUAAAAAACAAUUAAAAAAAUAUAUUUAAAGCAGUACAAAGUCUUUGUUUAUGCAACAUUUCUUUAUGUGAUUUAAUCAUGUUUUAUGUCCUUUUAAUAUGCGUUGUGUAAGGCGACUACUUUCCUUUCAUGUGCCCCGAUUAUCACAUGUUUGUAAAAUAACGUUCUAGUCAAACACAGGGUUAUAUUGUUUAGUGUAACAUUUGGUUGGUUUCAUAUACGUAUCAAUCAGCAUGCAAUUCUAUUUUAAUUGUUGGUUUCUAGAAACUAUGUCAUAUGGCAGAAGUUAAAGCUCUUAUCUCCCCAGCCCCGUUCAGUAAAUGUUUUCAAAAGCUUAUUAUACUCACAAGGAAUAUCUACGUCUGAUAACGCAAAAUCAAUUUUAAACUGUUGGAAUGCUUUAAUCUGUAGCUUAAUAUAUUUCAGAUAACAGCCCAUUAUAUUCUCAUUUGAAAAGGGGAAAUAAUGGUAUAAGACCUAAGUGUGGGAAAUUGGUCUAAAUGAAACAAGUGGGAGUCAGGGAGGUUUACAAUGCAUUAGGGCAUUGUAGAGUAAAAACUUUGGUGGUCAAUGGCAGAAAUGGACAAAUACAGACUUCCAGCUGUUAGUGAACUGCAAGCUCCAUAAGACGUCCCCAAAAACACAGCAAGUGUCUGGCCGAGGUAUGGAGCCCAUUCAAUUUGAUAAUAGGGCUCCUGAGAAUGACAUUGAUGGUUUCAGCUGAGUUCUCGCCCCUUAUGACUGUGUAGUAUACCAAUCAUAUAUCUACAUCACUGCUUCGUUAUAAGACGGAUUCAUGCUAAACACUUGGUAAAAAUUUUUUAAUUAGAGCUGUGGCGCACAUGAUGGGGUUAAUGUAUAAAUGUCAAAUUUUUGUUUUUCUAAACUUGUGACAAAUAGAAAGAUUGGAGUUAUUUUAGAAUAUUCAGAUCAUGUAAUAUUCUCUAGGGGUUUCACUAAAUCAUCAAUUAUAUAUGAAAUAUGCUUAACCACUUCUGAAUUGAUCUGAAUUGGAGAACAUCCAAAUUCAUGCAAAAUAGUGUAAUAUUCUCCAAAAGUGCUCUAUCAUGGGACACACUAGCUACCAAAUUAUGUGGGACUGAAAUUCUUAGAAAUUAGUCCUGGAUUGUAAAAUUAAGUGAGCCAGUUUUCAGUACGUGCAUUCAGAUGCAAAAACAGUGAAAAUGACUAAAUAAUUAUUAAUUACAAGGAAGUCCAGGGGUAGCUUGGAUGUUAUAUGUGGCAAUGAGAGCAUUAAGAAAAAUGGGUGGGUUAGUGGCAAUGUAACCACUUGUAACCACUUUGGCCUGCAUGAUAGGUCAAUGUGGACAAUUUCCCAUCCGAUGUGUAGAGGGUGACAACCUUAGCAAACCCUCUAUCAACUAUGGAGACCUGAUCAGGCCCCCUAUCUGCUCAUUCAUAAAUUGUUUAUUAAUAUUUAUUACCAGGGUUCUAGUGCCUAUCAACCAGUAGGCAUCCUACUAUUUGAAGACCAUUUGUGGAAUGGGGUAUGAUUUUAAUUUAUGGAGUAGGUUGGCUAUCCAGUUAAAGUUACCAUAAAACAAGACUUCAUAAAAAAAUUACUUUGGAUUAUCCAUGCAAAAUCUAAGCUAUAUCUCCACCGAUGUGCUCUAACUAGAGGAAAACCUUCCAAAAACAGAUGUUAUGUUUUUUUAUAAGGUUUUAUUUUUAUCUUGUUAGGGAAGGCCAGUAAGAAGUAGAUGUAGAGAUAUUGAGAGACUAGGAGAGGGCAUUACUUUUUUAAUGUAGCUGGUAAGGUGUUUACCCCCAGUCCCUUGACCUUAUAAAAGUACUUAUCUAUGGGAGGUGGAAUAAGUGUCCACCAGAGCAGUCAUGUUUAUACUUAGCUGAGCUCUUUAAUUACUCUUUUAAAUACUAAUUCACAACUGCUUCUGAUCAUUGCCAAAAUAGUUACAAUUUCAAAAUAUAGGAGAACAUCUCUACUUGAAGCCUAAACUUAAAAUGGCUAAGGGAGCCAGACUAUAAAGGCAGUGUAGAGGACCUCAGCAGGCAGUAUAGAGGCCCUCUUAGUUUUAAGCCCAGAAACUGGAGCUUAGAUAGAGAAGUGUAAUAUUUCAACCACCAGAGGACCACUUAAGAAAAACACAAAACUUAAGCUCAACCACACUCAACACUAGGAUAUGAGAACUCUGCACUUUAACAGGCAGUUGGGAAUGACACAGUCGAAUUCCACCAUACUGUGGGAAAAUGCAUGUUUUGUUCCAUCACCUACAGACCUCUCAUUCUGACUCACUAUGAGGGUCAAUUUACUCAAUGACAAAGCCAAGAGAAAAAAAAAAUGGUAUUUGGCAGAAUCUAGUCCUACUGAAGAACACCCCCACAUUAUAAGGAUGUUACAUAUCUCUCUGCUUUGAACCAUGUAAGCCAAGAGCGUACUACAGGGUUAAAAGUUACCCUGAGCUUCUGGCCCCCUACCAAAAUUAUGCAUCUUCAAUAGGAAGGUACAUCAACACUAUGAACUAUCUCAUCUCAGGACCAGUGUAGACUUAUUCUGCAGUGGCAAGAAUCAGUUGGACCCUGGUCAAAAUAUCUAAUUCUUUACUCGUCAAAAAUGACAUUUCCCUUUUAAUGGUAACCUUUCCUAAAAUCUCAUUACAAUUAUGUUUGUUUUUUCUAUUACAGAACCUGUAAUGUGAUUUGUUUUAGAGAAACAUCCUUUGCAGAUGACUGAAACAAAAAUGGGUUGUUUAGGAAAGUACCCAGAGCUCCAUGGGUGGAAAUGUUUAAUUAAAAAUAUUUAUAGAAACCUCUAAGAAAAAACAUGAAUAAUUAGAAAAAAACAAUAAUACAAAUAAUAUUUAGCUUCUUUAAUUAUUUCCAUGGCAAAGUUCCCCAGAAUAUAUUUUGCCUUGUGGUUGAGAACAGUAACCUUGCUUUCUAUUGGUUAUAGUGAAACUGGGAUAUGCCAUCUGCAGUCCCAAGUCUGGUUAAAGUCAACAAAUCAUUGGCGAGGGGCUUUAGGUGCAGGGAGGAGCCUCUGAAAGCUCUUUCUGCCAUAACUUCUUCAGUAAGCUGUUGUGGUUAUAAUGGCUAAAUUGUCACUUUAAUACAUAAUAUUUGACUGUGUAGCUUACAGGGACUGUGUUUGCCUUCUCCAUCAGCCCUUAUGUUAAUCCAGACCUGUAAACUCCUUGUUCUGUAUAUGCCCCCUUCCUUAUAGAUAGAAAAAGUCACUACCUUGAGACUGUUAUCUGACAACCCGAGUUUCCUGUAAUAUACUGGAUACUCCUAUGGUGUCGCAUUUCUAUACAUUCAAAUACACCAUACCAACAAAAUAACAUAAGAGGAUUUUUUUUCACCAAGAUAUUUUGUUAAGUUAGUUCCAUGUUGUAGUGACCUGACUGGUUACCUCCGCUAAUUCCUUUCUUCAGGAACUCUGGAACCAUUAAAACAAACAAACAUCCAUUCCACCAGUAACCAGAUGAAACAUAGUCCUGGGAGUCAACUGAGGUUUAUUGGAACACACACGACUUUUAUGCCCAGUCCCCUACAUGGGGUUUACAACACAAGAAAACAGGGGUUUCAAUCCCAGGAUCCUCUGUGCCUGAGAGAUAUUUGCGUGAGAACAAGUCUCUAAUCUCAUUAUCUCUCAGGUACAGAAAAUCCAACAACAUAUACAGUACACCAAAAGUGCCCCCACCAUACUUAGGAACCCCACAGAAAGUACACUCCCCAAUAGCCCCGAUUGAGUGUACAACAUAUCCAAGAAUCAUUCGGAUCAGUUUGGUGAAAUGGCAAUGCCAUCAAGGUAAAGUUUUGACCGGCCAGACACGAGGCGAUAGCCCAAAACGGUUCCAGGAAAAAAGGUGCUAUGGCCGGUCUCCGUUCGUGAGGUUCCUGUGUAAACAUCAAGCAGGGGAAUCAUUUCAUUUAAGGAUAUGAAUGUUCAGUACUUCAUAUCUCUCGAACGUUGUUCGUGUAGGUGGUCUGGAAAAAGAAUGGGCAGCGGUUUAAGUUUUACCAGGGCUUGCAAAAGUGCCUAACUGAAAAGAGUUCUAGGCACUCAACGACCAGGUCCCGCUGCCCACGUUCGGGAGACAAGAUGGGCGCCAUUCGUUUGUCUGCCACGUGUUCGGCCAUCCAGGGAAGCAUUCAUUAAUUACUUCCCUUGUGGUUUCGCACUUAACCUCUUCCCGACCACGGACAUAUCAGGUACGUCCAACAAAAAAUGGUCCUUAAGGACCACGGACGUACCUGAUACAUCCGCGGCUGAUUAGAGCGCUGGAAGCGAUCAUGAUCGCUUCCAACCACUCUAACGGUAUUGCAGCGAUGUCUCUAUGUCGAGGCAUCGUGCGCUACCUCGAUGUGGAGGUAUCGUGUGAUACCCCCUUUCACUGCCGGGACGCCAGGUGAUCGCUCCCCCAGAGUGAUCACUUCCGGGUUGCCCCACGUUGCGCCUGGCAGUGAGGCAGAGCAUUGGAAGCCAUCAGGCAGGCUUCCGAUGCUCUGCCUGUGCUGAGUGCCUCGAGGGAUCGAAGCACUCAGUGAAGAUUUAAAUAAUAAUAAAAAAUAAUUUUUUUUUUUUUUUUAACCCUUUAACCUCUCUACCAUGUACUUACCAAUCGCCGAUGUUCCCACGCCAUGGUCUUGGGGGGACUGUCUGACAGCCCAGACAGUCCCCCCUCUGCAAAUUAAUACCCCCAAGGGCCAUGUGCCCAUGUGGUCACAUAGCUGCAAUAGGUGUCCAUAGUGCUGCCACCAGGGGGACUGCCUGAACUGACAGGCAGUCGCCCUGCUGGUGAAAAAAGUAAAAAAAAAGAAAAGGUUAACAAAAUAAAAAAGUUAAUAAAAAAAUUUCAAAAAUAUCUAUAUAUAAUAUGUAUAUAUAUAUACAGUGGGACCUCGGUUUACAAACGGCUCGGUUAUAAUUUUCGGUUUACAAAUGAAAAUCCAUUGAAAAUAAUGCCUCAGUUUACAAAGAUUUUUCGCAAUGCAAAGCAAGUUUCCCCAGGAAGCAUUGCACCUGGGAGGUUUAUAGCACCGCCCCUGCAUGCUAGAGCCUGUGGGUAGCACGUGGCGUCGAGUGUGGAGGUGUUGGAGUGGCUUUUGCAUCGAGUUUUGGAGCCAUUCUGGAAAUUGUUUGCAGUUGUUUUGGGACUUUUUGAUGCAUUUCUCAAGCUGGGGAAAGGUAGGGAGAAAGGUAGGGAGCUUCGCUUCGCUGUUUGCAUGCCUUUUACUGUGUGUUCUGCAUUGUGUGUUGGUUUCCAUGCCAGCUCAUUUUGACUUUUUUUUUUUUUACCUCUAGAACGUAUUAAUUGGUUUUCAAUGCAUUCCUAUGGGAAAACACGUUUCGGUUUACAAAUGUUUCGCAAUAAGAAAUGUCCCAGAGAACGCAUUACAUUCGUAAACCGAGGUCCCACUGUAUAUAUAUAUUUUAUAUAACGUCAUACUAAGUAUAUUUUUUAUUACUAUAUACAUAUAUUCAUAUAAAAAUACAUUUAGAGUAAAAUUACACACAUAUAUAUAUAUAUAUAUAUAUAUAUCUAUAUAUACACACACACACAAUAAAUAAUAAUAAAUAAAAAAUAAAUAAUAAUUAAUUAAAAAUAAAUAGAUUUAAAAAAUAAUUUAAAAAAAUUAUAUAUAUAUAUAUAUAUAUAUAUAUAUAUAUGUAAUUUUAUUCUAACGGUAUUUUGAUAUAUAUAUAUAUAUAUAUAUAUAUAUAUAUAUAUAAAAAUCUAAAUACUUAUAAUGAAUAUAUAUAUAUAUAUAUAUAUAUAUGUAUGUAUAAAUAAAUAAAUAAAUAAAUGAAAAUAAGAAAUACACAAAAGUCCAUAUACAUAAUUACAUAAAUAAUUUCAUAAAUAUACCAGUAGACUUCAAACAUAUAAAUAUUUAUAAAAUCUACGUGCAUAUUUAUGUAAUAUUUGUACAUAAUUAAGUAAUUUUAUUGAUAACAAUUUGGGGAAUCUGCCUGAUAACCCACACCGAAAGUCCAGAGAAUUUAAUUUGCUAGCACUAUAUUUUUCACACACAAACAGCACUUUCACUGAUGAUAUCAUUGUUGUAAUACUAAUGUUUGUGUUCAGUGAAGUCUCCCGAGUAUAACUGUACAGGUUUUAUAGUGUUUUUGAAAGUUACAGGGUCAAAUACAAGGUAGUUUUUUCACAUUGAAAUUUGUCAGAUUGGUUAUGCUGCCUUUGAGAGUGUAUGGUAGCCAAGGAAUGAGAAUUACCUCCAUGACAGCAUACCAUUUGCACAAGACAACCCAAGGUAUUGCAAAUGGGGUAUGUUCAGACUUUUUUAGUAGCCACUUAGUCACAAACACUGGCCAAAGUUAGCAUUUAUAAUGUUUUUUUUUUUUUUUUUUGCAUUUUUUUAACACAAAAACAAAUUUAAAUGCUAACUUUGGCCAGUGUUUGUGACUACUAAAAAAGACUGGACAUACCCCAUAUUGAAUACCAUGGGUUUUCUACCUUUCAAAAAUAUAUGGUUUGAUGGGGGUAAAUUACAUUGGCUGGCUUCAAAAAUGUCCCAAAUAGGACAUGGGUGCAUGAUGACCAACUGUGAAAAUUUCAAAUUUGAAAACUGGAAUGUGUACCCUCCAAAUAAGGUAUUUUAGCCCCAGAGAACCUGACACACUUAUACAUGGGUGGUAUCACUGUACUCAGGAGAUGUUGCUGAACACAUAUUGGAGUGUUCUUUGGCAGCACCGCUUAAAGUUCUCAGUACAUGUAUUCUUAAAUUGCUAUGUGUGUCAAAAAAAUCACCAAUUAUUAUAAUUGUUUUUAAAUUUUGCAUAGAUUGGUGGUAAAAUGGUUGUAUGAAAAAAGUAAAAAUACUUUAGGUUGUCUUCCUUUAAAAAAUAUAUACAUGUGAAGGGUUAUUCAGGGAUACCUGACAGAUAUCAGUGUUACAAUGUAACUUGCGUACAUUUUGAAAAAAAAAAUGGUUUGGAAAUAGCAAAGUGCUGCUUGUACUUAUAGCCCUACAACUUUCCAGAGAACAUGUUAACAUUGGGUAUUUCUAAACUCAGGACAAAAUGUAGAAACAAUUUAGCAUGGGUGUUUUUUGGCGGUUGUACAUGCGUACCAGAAUUUGGAGGUGAAAGUUUGAAAAAGUAUGUUUUUUUUUAAAUCAUAUUUUAUAUAUAAUAUAUGAUAUGAUGAAAAUAAUGGUAUCUUUAGAAUGACCAUUUUAUGGCGAGAAAAAUGGUAUAUAAUAUGUGUGGGUACAGUAAAUGAGUAAGAGGAAAGUUACAGCUAAACACAAACUCCGCAGAAAUGUAAAAACAGCCCUGGUCCCAAACAGUAAUAAAAUUGAAAAGCGGUCUGGUCACUAAGGGGUUAAAGGAGCACUAAAGGGUCAGGAACACAAACAUAUAUUUCUGACUCUAUAGUGUUAAAACCAACAUCGAGCCUCCCUUGCCCCCUCUUGCCUCAAUAAACAUAGUAAACUCUUACUUGUAGUCAAGCCUGAAGCUGCUGGCUCUGCACCUGUCUACCUCAGAAAUGCAAGCAGUAUGCUGACAUCAUCAGAAGUGUUGUUCUGAGCCAAUCACAAUGCUUCCCCAUAGGAUUGGCUGAGACUGUCAAGGAGGCAGAUCAGGGGCAGAGCCAACACAAGUCAAACACAGCCCUGACCAAUCAGCAUCUCUUCAUAGAGAUUAAUUGAAUCAAUGCACCUCUAUGAGGAAAGUUAAGUGUCUGCAUGCAGAGGGUGGAGAUACUGAUCUGUUGUGAUGCAAACUAGGCAAGACUGAGAUAGGAAGCAGCUCUAGUAGACAUCUAAGGAGUGGCAGUUAAGUUAUCACUAGGCUGUAAUAUAAACCCUGCAUUUUCUCUGAAAAGACAGUGUUUACAGCAAAAAGCCUGAAGGUAAUGAUUCUACUCACCAGGACAAAUACAAUAAGCUGUAGUUGUUCUGGUGACUACAGCGUCCCUUUAAGUUACUGGUGUAAACAUUCUAAUGGGGUACAGGGGUGGUCCCCAUUCAGGAGACAAAUGGACUUUGUUUAUAUGAAGUACUCCAGAAAGGAAAAAGGGUAAAACACACAAAAUACAGAGCACACAGAUGAAUGAGUAGUAGUUCUCCCACACAUGUUUUUACACAACAAGACUCAUUUAAUUUGGCCCCGGCCUUCCUGCUGACCAUCACAACACCCUUUCCGGUUUUCUCUGGGGGUAAACAACUUCUUCUCGACUCACUACGUAUUUUAUUUUCUUUGUUUUGGAUCAUUUUAGCUUAAACUGAACAUUUAUUUUGCUAAUAAAAGAUCAUUGAAUUUAACAAACAAAUGGGUAGCUUUAGUACAACUUCUUGCUAUUAUACAUCCAACUUAAACAGAAACAUGUUUACCACAAUUAAGUUUAGUGUGCAAUAGGCAUUUGUGAUGGACAGACUGUCAUUGGUUUCGAAUCUUACCAUGUCCUUCCUAUUCUUGACACCACCUCUCUAUUAUUCUCUUUGCACAGGUGAUCCUUUUAUUGAUACAGAACCAGAUGAUUCGAAAAGGAUACGUACAGCAUACACUAGAUCUCAACUACUGGAACUGGAGAAAGAGUUCCUAUUCAAUCGAUACAUUACCAGGCCCCGUAGAGUCGAACUUGCUGCCCUUUUGUGUUUGACAGAGAGACAUAUAAAGAUUUGGUUCCAGAACAGGAGGAUGAAGUGGAAGAAAGAAGAAGCCCAACGAUUAAGAAAAGAAAUGACAGCAUCAAGGCACAAGAAAGUUUGUUUAACACAACAGUGAAGUCUUAUACACCAUAUAUAUAUAUAUAUACAUAUAUAUUCAAAAGCUAAUUAUUUAUUUGUGUGUGGUAGUCCUUGCAUCAACUGUGCAGGAAUUCUGGUUCUUGCUUUCAAAUCUUUACAUAAUGUUGCUCCCACCUAUUUAUCCUCCCUAAUACAGAAAUAUGUCCCGUCUAGUCCCCUAGGCUCUGCCGAAGACCUGCGUCUAUUCUCUGUCCGUACUCCCACCUCUGAUGCUCGCCUUCAAGACUUCUCUAGGGCUGCACCGUUCCUGUGGAACUCCCUCCCCUUUUCGGUUAGAUGCUCACCCAGUCUCCACUACUUCAAAAAAUAAUUAAAAACUCACUUUUUCACAAAAACAUAUCAUCUAAACUGUUAUUGGCUCAAAAAAAAACCCAUUGAAUACUAUUCUAACAAUCUACUUCCCUAAUACUUGCCUUACCUUUUGUGUCACUUUACCCCACUCCCUCUAGCAUGAAGCUCAUUGAGCAGAGCCCUCAACCCAGGGCCGGCGCUUCCUGUAAGGUGACCUACGCAGCCGUCUAGGGCACCACAUAGGAGGGGGCACCCUGCGCUCUCAUUGCUGGCCCCUCUCAUGCUGCAGCCAUCUGAGCGCUCUAUAAAGAGCCUCAGGUGGCUACAGCACUGCCAAGGCCGGCACGUCCAUUAGGGCGCACCAGCCUGGGUGCACAAGUAUGAGGGAUCAUCAGGAGGGAAGCACUCCCUCCUGUCAAUCCCUCAGUGUAGCAUGGCCGAGCUCCUCUCUGGUCUGCGGUACAGGAACAUCCGUUUCCUGUACCUGGCCGGACAGAAGAGGAGCUCAACCAUGCUACACAGGGUAGG